GUCGCGUGCCGGCCCUGCUUUAGAUUUGCCCCAUGCUAUUCUUCCGGUCCAAAAACGCGCACCACGACGAAGGGAGCCAUUCGAAUGACCAGCAGCUGGAGGUCCUGCUCGAUCACGAGUAUCUGUUCCUGAGCGGCACAGGCCUGGAUGUCGAACCCGCGCAUCUCUCCGGCCGCGUUGUGCUGAACCUGUCCGAGCCGACGACCAUCCGCUCGGUGUCCCUCCAGUUCCGGGGGAAAACGUACCUCUCUGUGCCCCCGCAAGACUCGCAAUCGACGAACAAUCCCCCCUCGACGUAUGUCCUGUGCAAGCACCACUGGUCUUUUCUCGAAGGGCGGCACAAACACAGCUACACCCUCCAGGCCGGGCGCCACAUCUUCCCCUUCCAGCUUCUUCUCGGCGGAUCGCUGCCCUCGAGCAUCGUGACGGACGCGUUCGGGGGCGCGUUCGUUUCGUACAAGCUCAAAGCCACUGUGGAGCGCGCCGGAUUCAGCCUCAACCACAACAUCACCGCGACCGCGCCGGUGUACAUCAUCCGCUCCCUCAGUGCCUCCGCGCUCGAGUACCAGCAGACGCUCGAGAUCGAGCACCCGUGGGCGGACAAGCUGCUGUUCUCGAUCGCGAUCCCGCACAAGGCCUGGGCGGCGGGCGACGACCUGGUGGCGCUGCUGAAGGUCUCGCCGCUCGUCAAGGGGGUGGGGGUGUUGAGCAUCACGACGUCGGUCAAGGAGACGACGAAGUUGUACUCCCGGGCAGAGUCGGUCACCCGCACGGUGGCGAGUGUGACACAUGAGAUUGUUGGAGGGAAGGCCGUGGUAGCGAAAGAGCCGGUGGAUCGGAAGGGCAAGAUGCCCCACUUUUCUCUGCAUCGGCUGGGCAGGUCGACCCCGGAACCGGACGAGGGCGCGGGUCCUAGUAAUAGUAGGACAAGUCCUCGUUCCGAAGUCGCUCGGGAUCCUGCUCAGAGCGAAGAUGACAUUGUCACUGCCCUGCACCUGCAACUUGCGCCCCAUCUUACGCCAAGCCACGCCUUCAGUCCAAUCACAGUUUCGCAUGUCAUCCACUGGAGCCUUCUUGUCACGAACGCCGAUGGGCACCUGUCUGAGCUGUACUGCACAUUGCCCAUCAUGCUGAUGGACGCGCAACUUCUGCAUCAAGUCCAAAAACACACGCGCUUCGCACGUCGACUGCUCUUCGUCGGGCCAGACGAUAAGCCACAGCAGUCCGAAGAAAACGGGGAGCUCCCCAGCUACAUCGCGCACGUGCGCGACCGAGUGGCGAACAUGUUCAUCACCGACGGCAACUCGCUGCGGGUGACGAAUCCCUGGAUCCACGCGGGAGUCAGCCCGACGCUCGUCGACGGCGAGGACCCCAAAUCCUCGGGGACGGUCACGCCCCUGCAGCUAGUGUCCGACACGAACGACGCGUACGUGCCCGACCCGGACCACCCGGUCUUCCUCGACUGGGUCAGCGCGGAGCUGCUCAUCUCGCACGGCGUCUCGAAGAUGCACACGGACUCGGAGCCGCCCAGCGGCACCCACACGCCGCGCGACCGAGAGCCGGCCGUGCCGCCGCUGCCGCCAACACCCUCGGCAGCGGCGGCGGCGGCGGCGGCCCCGCUCGCGGCGGACGGGGCGCGGAUAUACACGCACGACAGCCCCGCCAGCCACGAGCGCUCCGGGAUAUUCACGGCCAGCAUGGAGCCGACGAGCGCGCUCUCCCAUCCGUACUGGCUGCUCUCGCACAGACCGGAUCCUCACGCGGCCCGUGUCUCGAGCAACGACCUCCAAAAGCGCGUCCGCGAGAUCUGUGUGCCCGCGCCGCAAGUUGGCUCGUCGUUGCUGCAUCGGGCGUUUACGGAGGUGCCGGAUUACGACGUCGCGUUGAAGGGCUUCCUAGGUGGGGUCCCGCCGCUGACCAGCUCGAUAGGCCUGCCUUCUUAUGAGGAGGCGGAGCGGGCUGGGUCGCCAGUACGGACCGGAUCUCCGGCAUAGUCAGAGUGUAUAUGUACUUAGCCUUAUUUUCCUUGGGGUCUGGGUGUUAUCCAUGACAGCAAGAUUGAAUAUCUUGCCGGCCA